AUGACUAACGACACAGCUACCUCUUCAACUCUGCCUCCAAUCAUUACAAAAGAGUGCACUAUAUCUAACUACCAAAAAAGCUAACCAAAAGAGAUUGCUCAUAGUCUGAUUGGCAAGAAUAUUAAGAAUAAGACAAUCACAUAUCUUAAUGAAAAUACUUAUGUCAACGCCAAGGAUUAAAAUAUGUCGAAAAAGCACAAAAUUAUUAUUCCUUGUGAAGUCAGCGAAUUUGAGGAAAACUAUAACUAAACUGCUCCAAGAUGCAUUGAAGAGAUUAAUGAAAAAGAAAGAUUCUAAAUUCAAGAAAAUGAAUUCUUGAAAAAAGAGCUAGAUUUUAAACUUCACAUCAGAAGACCUAUACAUGAAACUUAUCUGACAAAUUCUAUUUUAACUGAGAAAAAUCUAGAAUAUCACAAUAAAAUAAAAAAAAAGCUUCUUAUCGAAUAGCAAAACCAAGGAGGCGUAUCACCUUAUCAAGAGAAUUGA